AUGGAGCACGAGGCAUACAUUCUUAGGCGGAAUUUCUCCGCAAAUGCCAGGAUUUGGUUGGUUGACUUGGCGCGAUACCUUCCUCCUUCGGCCCAAAUCGAUGGCUUUGACAUCGACUUAACUCAAUGUCCACCGAGAGAAUGGUUGCCGUCUAAUGUGGCCGUACACAAGGUAGACUGUUUGAGCCCGUUGCCUGAGCAUUUGCUUGAGCAGUAUGAUAUCGUUCAUAUUCAACUCUUUCACCUUGCAGUGCAUAACAAUGAUCCCGCGCCCAUAAUACGGAACCUGCUCGGGCUUCUCAAGCCUGGAGGAUGGAUCUCGUGGGGAGAAAUGGACUACAGCACCUUCAAGAUCAUCCGCACAGAAGAGGGGAAAGAUGCUGAGGAUUAUCUAACUCCCCUUCUCGAGGUAAUUGGGACAUUAGGCGGAACAAGGCCAAACUGGACAGCGGAUGACUGGCCGAUCAGGUUGCCCCAAUUCUUCGAGGAUAACGGACUCACCAAUGUCGCAGUUAACAACCGUCCGUUUCCGUUAGAGCUACUACCUUUCCAACUCGAUACAGCGCUUAUGGCAUCCGAGGAGGUGAGUUAUAAAGCCUUGGACCCUAUGCGCAACGGCACUGGUGAUCGAUGCAGGGACUUGAUUUUCAAGAUCUUUCAAAACAGGCAGAAGCUGGCUUAUAACGUAGGGAGAUUGACUGUAGUCGGACAGCGACCAUUACAAUGA